UAGGUAUCGGGACCUUCCUUAUAGCCUCCGUAUUCACAUUGUCAAGUUUCAAACGAUUCGGUACACCCAGGUCGGAGAAGUUUCAUAAAGGAGACCUACUCGAUGCCAUUUUCACGUCGCCUUAAGAACGACACGAGUUUCGUGGGCAGUGGAAUCAAAUCGCUCUUCUUGGGAUCUUGGGCCUAUCAUCAGGGGGGAGAAAUAUUUUUGAUAUAUCGUCACAGGGCCUAGGGAACUGCGCUUAAUCGGCAAUUAAAUUGCAAUGUUACGGUUAUCGUUUAUACGCGUAGGUGUACGCAUUCGUCCUGCAUGUUACAUAUAUACGUAUAUACAAGUUUUCAAUAAACAGCGGAAGGAAGAAAUUGUAAAGGGAUCCCCGAUUUGAGGCGACCUCGCCGCCGCGAGGAACGCGUCUUCGGCCUCGAAGAGAGGAGUCCUUCGACCGGUUCGCCGAGGAGGGUCCGCAGAAAACAUUGAACGAUCUCGCCGGAACUCGCGAUCGCUCGAAGCGGUCAGAAGCGAGUCGAUUCCCCUCCGCAAACUCGGCCGCGACCGGCCACGCCCCCCACUCUCGAGGAUUUCGAGCUUCAAGCGGCCCGAGCUCGCUCGACUUUAGCCGACUCUAGCCGACUCGGCCCGACUCGGCCCGACUCGGCCCGAUUCGAGCAUGCUUGAGCGUACUCGACCGACUCGCGCAGUCGUGCUUCAGCCCGUACUCCGCUUCGCGUCGCGCGCUCCGGUUUUCGCGGUUUCCGCUACGCGGGAGAAGUGCGGUCGUAAGUCGGCUUCAACGGGACCCUACGAAAUUCGAGGCUGGCCGACUCGUUGAAUUAAAGUCGAAGAACUCGCGCGUGAGAAAGGGUAGCGUGACAACGGCCGGACGGGACGCCACGGCGCAGGCGCGUCAAGGAUUCGAGGAGGGACCGAGUCGUUGCCGAGCCGCGCCGCGCAGUCACGUGCACUCGGCCCUGGGAGGCCCUUCGACGUCCCACCGACAGCGCCGCGACGCCUGAGGAGAGGCAUCGAAGCACCGGCAGGAGCCUCGGAGGUGGUGGGAGAUCGUCGAGAGGAAAAAAUGGCCAGUGCAGGCGAGGUCUGGGUCCAGUGGUUCACGUGUUGUCUGACGCAGCAAGGCCCCGGGGCCCGAGGCAAGAGACAACGAUCGGGCCCCGGCUCGGGCCAGGGCCCCGGACCUCGUCAUCGGCACAGGAUAGACCGCAGCACCAUCGGGGCCCCGACGAACUUCCAGCACACGGGCCACAUCGGCAGCGGGGACCUCGACAUGGCCAGCGCCCGGUUGACGGCGAUCCAGACCCAGAUGCAGGGCAAGGGCGGCUACGAGGCUUCCUUCGGCGUGAAGGCCUGCUGAGGAACGGUCGGUGGUCCUGGCUGCGAGGCUGCGACUGGACCCCGUUGAGCAUUCGAACAUUCGUCGAGGAGGCACCACGAAAAGCGGUAUCCAUCUCGGCCGUCGACUUAGAACUUCCCGUAGAAGGUGGACGCGCAUCCCAAACUGGCUCUACCUCUUCCGGAGCUCCGCGUCUUGCGGCUUGAAGAAGAAAAAAAAUAAUAAUUCAUUGAACCUAAGAAACAUUAGGCUGAGGAAUGACUUCCCGCGGUUUUAAUUGCGGCACGUUACGUUAAAAACGGUGGGAACUUAUUCCUCGGCUCACUCCUCUUUGAACGGUACCGGAGAAAUAUCUCGUUAAGGCGGCGUGAUAAAGUGGCGUCAAAGAGGUCUCGUUACAGAGGCAAUAGGGAAGGUCCCGACGCCCAUGGAAUUUCCAUUUAUUUUUAAUUUCUCAUAAAGGAAUUAAAUUUCAUGUCGCCAUGAGACACCCCUUCCUUAUGGCCUCUAUAUUCGCGUUGCAAGGCUUGACACGAUUCGUAACAUCCAGUCAAGAGAAAAGUUUCACGAACGAUUGAUUCCUUGAAUGCCACUUUCCCGUCCCCUUAAUUCCAAGAGUAAUUAUAUUACCCAAAUGAACUGGAAUAAAUUGCGAUGUUACGUUUCUUCGGAACUGACGAUUUAUGUGAGUUGGAGUGUUUGGGGUGAUCCUUUGAAUGAUAUAUUUCUUUGGUACCGUUCAAGGUAAUAUCUCGUUCCGGUUCGAUGGACACUUCUUUUUCCGCACAUGUACUCGCGAGCUCCGCCAUUUUGGAGCCAUCUGUGAGAAUUAUUAUUUAUUGCGACUGCUCGAGCGUUUCUCUGUACGAUAUCGAUAGUUAGGACACCUAGAGAUCAUCCCCGUCAGUGGGAAGUGCCAGGAUGCGAUUUCUACCGAUUUUUAUUAAUGACGGGAGGAGGCCCUCGAUCACUUUUCGCGGGAGAGAGACCCGAGGAAAGAAAUAGACGCGCCCCGGCCUUUCCCGAAUAACUCGUUCUAUUUUAAGAUAUUCGCACAUCCUCCCGGGUAGAACUUAACGCGCACGUUUUUAAGGUGAUAUGAAAGUGGCGCCGAAGAGGUGUGAAACUAUUGAUUCAGGUCCGAGAUAGAUGAAACAAUUUCCUCUUUUCUUCGCGUGUUAAUGUUUAAGAUCAUUCGGUGCAGUUUGGCGAAAGGUUUCAUAAAUAUUCCCACGUUAUGAUACACGUAGAAUGACACUUUCAUGAGACCUUAAGUCGCGAAAAUCCAGGAACGAUACCAUGUAUCGCGCCUUUCCUCGAAUUGCAUCGCGAGGGGACUUUCUUUUUUUUUUUUUACCUCUAUCUUGCAUGACAAAUCGCGCGCAGAUUCGCCCUAAUCAUGUUAAGAUAAAUCCGCGAGUCGGGGUCGAAUUAUAAAAUAAUAUAUAUAUAAAUAUCGGCAGCGAUAUUUAUCGAGCCUCGACGUCGGAUUCAGCAUUAGCGAGCAAACCUGUGCAAUAGACGCGAUAACUGAUAACGAAAGUGAAACGGUCGACGCUGAUGACGCGAGACGUAAGAAUAAAUAUAAAUGUAAUGAUAUAUGUAAAGUGCGAUUAGACGAUUAGAUGCGAUCCUAGAGAGGGCAGAUUUGGACGAAUAGACUGUGUACAUAUACGUCGUGUACUUUUAACGGUAGCGUAUUUAAAUCCGUGCUUUGUGAUUAUUAACGAUUACUGCACUGUGUAUAUAUACAUAUAUCCAUGGAAUAACACUUAAGGCGACAAUUACCGCAAUUAACAAUAAUCGAGUGGCGGGCGAGUUUAAGAGGCGAAUCUCCGCCAAGGACGAGCCCAUCAUCCCAAUCAUCUUUUUUUACUCCGCAUGUUAGAAGAGUCUAGGAAUCUCAUUCCAUUCCGUAGAUCAGUUGGACGAGUACCGAGGACGUGGUCGAAUUACCAUAAAAAGGCGGCGGUAUAUAUAUAUUAAAUUUCGCACCUCUCGCCCGCCGUUAGAAGUCGAAUUAGAAUGACUAUUCCGGAUUUUGAGCGCGGACUCGAAGACUCUUCGAUUUUCAUCUCAAGCGAAUCCUCGCAUUGUAUCCGUUAAACUAGGAUUUAAGCCGCGAGGCUGUUCAAGGUUCAUAAUCGUAAGCGACUAAUGGUUAAUAUUUCCUUUAUCGAGGACACCAGAGAUAUUUCCGAGAAUAAAAAUCGUGAUCAACGGUA